UCCCCUCUCCUGUCCUCAAAGUCCCCCCUUGUGAUGGCGUGCGUCUCCGCUGCUGCAGCGGCGACCGGGGCCUAGCCAACGGCCUUGCCUCCGUCAUAGCCGGCAUCUACAGGGGGUAACGCGAACCCACGGGGCUUGGCGCCAGCGCUGCACGGAAGAAACCAUCUAGAGCUCUACUCCCUGUCUGCCUUUUAGAGUUAUGAGCUGUUCAGCAUCCUCCCUAGCUCGUAUUUGCACGUCCAUCUCCCUUCAGCUCUCGUGAGACUGAGGAAUGAAAAUCUGCAACCAUGAUGGAAGGAUUGAAAAAGCGUACCAGGAGGGCGUUUAAUUUCAGGAAGAAAGAGAAAGACAACGACUCAACGGGCUCACCAGACAAAGACAGAUCUAGAAAGAGUAAUGGAGCUCCAAAUGGAUUUUAUGGCGAGAUUGAUUGGGAUCGCUACAACUCCCCUGAUGUGGAUGCUGAAGGGUACAGCAUCAGGCCAGGGGACCAGUCAGAGGGUGCACCUCGAGGUAAGGCCGUCUCAUCCAGCGAGUCUGAGGGGGAGGAGGACCAGCUGAAGAAGUUUAAGAUCAGGAUCAAGCCCUUGGCAUCGGACAGCUCCAACUGCUCCGUGCCCACCAUGGAUGAACUCAAGGCUUCAGUGGGCACCUUGGCAAUCUCCCCCUCUCCCUUGAGGAAAAGCCCGAGGAGAAGUCCGGGUCAAAUGAGAAGAAAUCUCUCAAGUGAAGAGAUUGCCAGACCAAGACGCUCCACCCCAACACCGGGCCCUGAACAAGACACUCCAAGCAAGAGAUCGUCGGAGAAUGCCAAUGCUUUCUUUGGUCCACCAUUCGAAGUAAACUUUGAAUACUAUGAAGCACAGCAUUCAGAAGUGUUCAUUGUAGAGACAGACAUCUGGUGUCAAACGAAAAUUCAACCACCCUCACCGUUGUCCAGGCCGUAUCCCUCUGGAGCCCCUCCUCCACUUCCUCCAAAGAAUGUUCCAUUAACGCCUCCCACGCGCACGUCAAGUUCAGUAGGGUCCUCAGGUUACUACAGUGUGGUGCCCAGCGUGAGGGCAGACAGUUCUACCUACGUGGACGGCUUGGUGUCAGAGGCUCCGUCGGUGUCUCCUAUGCCUGACCUUGACAACGUUUUCGGACCGCCCGACCCCCCAAAAUCUGCGGAUCAUCACACAUUCCACUCGGCCUGGGCCAGCUUUGGCGAGGGCUCCCCCACCCGGCCGCCCCCUCCAGAUGAGCCGGCGCCCCCUCCUCCUCCACCCUGCUCCCCACCCCCACCCCCCCUCUCCUCUCCUCCGCCACCCGACCGAUCUCCGCCCCUGAUCCACAACUCCAUACCCCCUCCAGAUUCGCCUCCUCCUCCACCUCCGUCCGCCACUCCUCCCCCCCUGGACUCGACCCCCACCAGCCCAGUGGGUCCACCACCCGAGGCUCCCGCUCCGCCGCUACCUGCUGACUUCAUCCUGCCGCAGCCCACCUGCGAUUCUCCUCCGCCGCCGUCGCUACCACCUCCUCAGCUGCACGAGGAUGACCUGGAGGAAGACGAGGACGAUGAAGAGGAGGAGGAGAUAAAGGAGCUGUCGAUGGCUGCUGCAGCCGCAGCCGCCGCCGCCGCCACAUCUGGAUCCGCUUCCGCCUCCGCCUCCGCCUCCGCCUCCGCCUCUGCUUCUCCAUGCCUUCCUCCUCCUCUCCCAGCAGAGCGCUCGCCCCUCACAGGGGCUCCGCCUCCACUCGGCCUCCGGCGGACCCCGGAGCUGGCGGGAGCCGUCCUGAGGGAGGCGAGCCCAGUGUUUGCAGCGUCGUCAAAGGAGUUCCGGGGAACCCCACCGCCGCUCCCUCCAAUCACGUACAGGAGCAUGGUGUCUCCAGGACCAGGAAGUGGGACAUCCACCCCAGCCCGUCCUUGCACGCCCCAUUCUGCAGGCAGCCCCGUCCCUCCCCUGCCCCCACGGCCUUCAUCGCGACCCAAACUACAGCCGGGAAAGACCAGUGUCAGCGACUUGUCGCGGUCGUUCAGCCCCCCAGUGCACUCCUGGAGCCCCCCUCCCUACGCCCCACUGGCCCGAGCGGAGAGCACCUCCUCCAUCUCCUCCGUCACCUCCCUCAGCGCAGCCUCCACCCCCACCCUCUGCCUGCCCAUCUCCACCUGUUCUCGCGGCCCCAGCCCCCUCACCAUGGGCCCCCAGGAUACGCUACCUGUAGCUGCUGCCUUCACGGAGACCAUCAGCGCCUACUUCAAAGGAGCUGACCCCAGCAAGUGUGUGGUGAAGAUCAGUGGGGAGAUGGUACUCUCGUUUCCUGCUGGAAUCACACGGCACUUCGCGACGCAUCCAUCACCUCCUGUGCUCACCUUCAGCAUCACGCAUUACACCCGUCUGGAGCAGGUCCUCCCCAACCCACAGCUACUUUGCUGUGACACGACGGAGCCCAACACUGACACAAAGGAAUUCUGGGUAAACAUGCCUAACCUAAUGAGCCACUUGAAGAAAGUGGCUGACCAGAGGCCUCAAGCAACAUACUACAACGUGGACAUGCUCAAAUACCAGGUGGCAACAGAGGGCAUCCAGUCCACCCCACUGAACCUGGCAGUCAGUUGGCGUGGCGAUGCCAUUAGUACUGACCUCAGGAUAGACUACAAGUACAACCUGGAGGCCAUGCCCGACCCUGUGCCCCUCACCAACAUCCACUUCAGGGUGCCUGUGGAUGGAGGCGUCACCAAAGUCCAAGCCAUGCUCCCGCCUGCUACUUGGAAUCCAGAACAGCAGGAAAUGCUUUGGAAGAUUCCGGAACUUUCUCAGAAAUCUGAAAAUGGAGGAGUGGGUGCCCUGCUCGGCCGCUUCACCCUGACCAGUGGGCCCAGUAAGCCAUCCCGACUAGCCGUGACGUUCUCCAGUGAGGGAGCCACUCUCUCGGGCGCCGACUUCCAGCUAGCAGGGACUGGGUAUCGACUCUCACUCGUCAAAAAGAGAUUCUGUGCAGGGAAAUAUAUGGCUGAUAAUUAAUGCUGCUGAAAAUAUCUCCAUAUCUGCAAUGGCUUCAGACUGAGGGAAGGACGCCUGUCUUUCAUUCAUGCCAUGAACUGAACUGAGAAGGAACGAGGAAAGGAGAACGUUUUUAAUUGAAAACAUUAAUCUGAGGUCCUUUAUCAUAACUAAAUAAUAACUUAUCAUUUACAAAAUAAUUUGUGUGUGUUUCUGUGUGUGUGUGUGUCUGUGUGUGUGUGUGUGUGUGUGUG